CCCGCUCCCGAGGCAGCGCGAAGCCACUGGCCUGUGAGCGCGGAGCCGCCGGUGAAGCCAGAGGAGCAGCAUGAGCUCGGCAGCGCGGGAGAUCCUGGGGCUGGGGCUGGGCAUCCUGGGCUGGGUCGGGGUCAUCCUGGCCUGCGGCUUGCCCAUGUGGCAGGUGUCCGCCUUCGCCGACGGCCACAUCGUGGUGGCGCAGACCACCUGGCAAGGGCUGUGGAUGAACUGCGUGGUGCAGAGCACCGGGCAGAUGCAGUGCAAAGUCUACGACUCCAUCCUGGCGCUGGACCCCGAGGUGCAGGCGGGCCGGGCGCUCACCGUGCUGGUGGCCCUGCUGGGGCUGGUGGCGCUGAUGGUGACCGUGGUGGGGGCCCAGUGCACCACCUGCGUCCGAGCCGGCAAGGCCAAGUCCUGGAUCGUCAUGGCCGGCGGGGUCCUGUACAUCCUCUGCGGGGUGCUGGUCCUCAUCCCCGUCUGCUGGUUCGCCAACAUCAUCAUCAGCGGCUUCUACGACCCCAACGUGCCCAAGUCCAGGAAGCGGGAGAUGGGGGCGGCCCUCUACAUCGGCUGGGCGGCCACGGCUCUGCUGCUCCUCGGGGGCAGCCUGAUUUGCUGCUCCUGCUCCUGCUCCGGGGACGGCGAGAACGCCUUCCCCGUCAAGUACUCGGCCUCCACCCGGCGGCCCACCUCCAACGGGGAGUACGACAAGAAGAACUACGUCUGAGGGGCCAGGGACCGAGCCGGGCUGCAGCUCCCCGCCGGACCCAGAGCAGCCCCUGGACCCUGCCCUGUGCCCGGUUCCCUCCCCGGGGAUGCUUGAAAUGGCUCCGGGGAGGCGAGCUCCGAACUGGACUGUGCGCAGGGCGCGGGACAAGACCAGCCCCGCUGCGCGCCUGAAGGCGCCAGGAGCUCGCCCCUGUUUGAGCCUUUGACAAACGUGAAACAAAAAGGACCACCGGCAUGAAUGCCGUCUCUCUUCCCGGCCCUUCUGCCUCCUCCGGGAUGAGCGGUAAAUCGGCCGGCUGGUUUGUUUUGAGAUGUAUGCUAUGUAACCUGAACGCGAGUUAACCUGUCGCUGCAGGAAUGUGGACCACAGAGCAGGGGCUCAGGGGUUUUUAAAACUACUUCGUGACUAUUUACAAACCCGCACCUGCUUAUUUCAUUUGAUUGUUAUUGCUGCCCCAAAAAUGACCUACGGGAUUGGUUAGGUAGCGUUAGAGAAUAAGAUAAAGUCUCCAUCCGAUGGUGGAGAAAUGAGAACUCCCUUAAAACAAAACUUCUUAAGCAGCGACUUCAUCUCCCUAGCCAUAGCAGCAGGAGGAAUCAGCCUUCCCUUCCUGUAAUUUUUUUAAUUUAAAAAAGCUUAAUUCUGCUGUUGUAAUGUGCUGCCUUGCCGCUGUACAGACCCGAGUGAACACAUGGCUAAUGAAAUUAACUAACCUAAACUCUGCGGGCCAUCAGUCUAAGCAGUUAGGACGAUUCUGGUACAGGAUUUUACAGAACUAUUUCAGAACUCAACACUCCUUAUUUGUUAACCCUGGUUUUUAAAUAAAAACAAACAAGAUUGUCUAUAUUUUAUAUGUAUAUUUUUAUAUUCUGGCUGCAUGUUUUGUUAUUGUAAAGAUGUCCGAACUAUUUGGGGCAGGAAUAGGUGACAGCCAACACUGGAAUUUGGUAAUUAACAACCAGUGUCUGGUUGUUUGAGACAAACUUUGGAAGGAGAUGGGGUAUGCUGGGGCAUCAUGCACAGCUAACAAAUUGUUCUCCCAUUUUGGGUCGAGAACAACCCUUAGUGCAUAGGAGUUUAUAGUAUAAUGUAUCUGCAAAAAUAAGAGAGGAGUUUGCAUCUGUUAGUGCAUCAAAUGGCUUGUGCUAUCAAACAUCUUUUCCUAGGGGCAGGUGCCCUGAACAUUCCCCCAGUAGGACUUUGUCAUCGCUUCCUUCAAAUUUGAACGUCAUGGGUGCGAUUUGGCUUUUUUAAUGGAUUCUUUUACAAGACUUCACAUUUUUAUGUCUCUUAUCAACUGAUCUGUGUGAUGAUAAUGAAUUGUGCCACUAUUACACUAACUUUCCUCAUAAAACAUUUUCAGGCCUGUCACAUUUUCUUAAAAAAAAAAAAGACCUUUGGGUUGAAAUGUCUUUUAUUUAUUUUCUUGUAAAGAAAAUACCUGCAUCUGACUUAUUGUAACAGUGGUGGGUUUAUUUGUUUUUUCAUUAUUUAAGGAAUUUUUUCAAUUUGUUUGAAAUAAAAUUUAAGUUCUUUUUAAAGAUUCAAACUAACCUUGGUCUUAAUUCCUCAGUUUAGACAAUUAGCCUCUGCCCUGCUAUGUUUGAAGAAAAUUGGUUUAGAACAAUCAUGGACUGGGAUCUUUGAUUUUCCUCUAAUUGGGACAGUCCUUCAGGUAUAGACACUGAUCCAUGUACACCUGAAGCACUGGGCAUUCAAAUACAAUGUAAGAUGAGUUUUAACCUUGAUUGCUCUGUACUCUCAGGCCAGCCAAGCAUCCCUCCUCCUUAAUCCAUUCGUAGUCUAUGUUUACUUGAAUAUGAAAUCAUUAUAGCAUACAAUGUGUACUUGCUCUGGCACAUGCUUUGCAUGCACAAUUUGAAAUUGGAAGCAUUAAUGGUGAAUAGAAUAUGGUUGGGCCAAGUAGGCUUCUUCCGAUGUCACUUUACAAGUAAUGUAAAGGACUCAGCAAGGUCUUGAUUGCCGUCUUACUGAGUCCGUCUUGCUGCCAAUAUCAAAUUUUGUGUGCUCAGCAGGGGCACAAUUUAAUGUGAAAAUGCAUCUGUUUGGUUUUGCAACAGCAGUUAAAUUUACUAACACCAUUCUUUAUUUUAAAAACAAACAAAGAAAUGCAAAAAAUUCUUAACCUGAUAUUAUGGCUGAGACUUUACAUGCAAUAAUCAAGAAAUGCUAGGUUAUGGCUCCCAUAGCCACCAUAACUUUUAUCACCAGGGGAGGAAGGAUGACUAAUUUUCGCUCCACAACUUGGGAUUUCCUGACUUAGAUGUAUGUGAAACAAGGGAUUAGGAACUGAGUAAGUGUGACAGUUCCUAAUGCAAACCCUAAAAACAAUGACAAAAGUUCGAGGCCAUGUGACAGUACUCUUAUACCAACUCAGCACACUUCUACCGACCCUGAUGGACUCCGUAAGGAACUACUUUCUGCCUCCAACUAAUAAGGAAACACUCUACACAUUAGUCUCCCUCGCAGUAUAACACUAAAGCUUAAUUACAGCCUAAUGGUUCCAUCACAAACGUAUAAUAUACAUGUGUAUGUCAACUCUGAAUAUUUGCCAUUGUUGCUGAGACUUGUGAUUUAACUGGAUCCGUAGUUUUGCAAUAGGGCUUCAUCCAUAUUGUUCUUGCUUUGCUUAGUAAACAUAAAAAAGUGGUGGUGUCAAUACACAGAGGCUUGAGAAACUAGGACCUUGAUCCUGCAAACACUUAUGUAUGUGGUUAACAUUAAGCACAAGAUUAGUCCCAUUGGAGAUAAAACUUCAUGCUUAAACACAAGCAUGUUUGCAGGAUCUGAGCCUAUGUGAUCAUUAAGCAAACUCCAUAUGUGUAGAAUUGUUUCCUCAGUAAAGAGGUGCAGUUCUUAAACUGUCAGUGUCUUAAAUGAGAGCUACAAUACUGUUAUUGUGAUGUAAUAUGUGAUUUUGGUACAAGAGUGAAAUAUUCUGUGUUUCAUCUUUGCAACUUUUGUUUGUAAACAUUGUAACCUUAUAAACUGUAAAUGUAUUUAAAUGUGUACAUUUUGCAAGAAAUCUACCAAAACUGGCUUGUAA